UAAAUGUAACAAAAAUUAAUAUGGUCUCAAACACGACAACAACGAAUUGAUCUGGAACCCUAAUUCAUAGUGAAUGUAAAUAAACUCCGACCGACAUAUGAAACGGGUGGGCGCUGUCUUAUUAGGCCCAUAUACAAAGGACAAAGAACAAUAAUGGACUCGAAACAACAACCUCCACCUGACUAUUCAGGUCAACAAGGUGGCCCUCCCCCAGCACAACAAGGACCUCCCCCAGGGCAAUAUGGACCUCCUCAAGGGCAAUAUGGGCCUCCCCCAGGGCAAUAUGGAGCUCCUCCAGGGCAAUAUGGGCCUCCUCCAGGGCAGUAUGGAAUGCAGCCUGGUUAUGGACCACCACCUGGUCAGCCAUAUGGACAGAAUGUGCCCCCACCCCCACCAGGAGGGAAUCCCUAUAUAGUUCCCCCUACACCUCCAGGUCUGCAGAAUGUUCAGGUUCAGCAGAUGUGGGUUGCGCGCCCUGAGCCCAUUAUGGGCUGCCCACCUGGGUUAGAAUACUUGACAAUGGUGGAUCAAAUUCUGGUUAAACAACAGAUUGAACUUUUAGAGGCAUUCACUGGAUGGGAAACUGCAAAUAAGUACAAGAUCCUAAACACAAGUGGGCAACAAGUUUACUUUGCAGCUGAAGAAUCUGAUACCUGCACCCGCCAGUGUUGUGGUCCUAACAGAAGUUUUACAAUGCACAUCACAGACAACAUGGGACAGGAGGUGAUCCGAGUUAACCGAGAGUUUAAGUGCUGUGCUGGAUGCCCGUGGUGUGCAUGUGUUGAUGCUUUGGCUCACGAGAUCACCAUUGAAGCACCACCAGGACAGGUGGUGGGAUAUGUCAAACAGGAACAGAGCUGGUGUCCUCCCCGGUACUCUAUACAGGAUGCUAAUCGUCAGGAGAUCCUACAUAUCAGUGGACCUGUCUGUAUGAUUACAGGGCCAUGCUGUCCUAAUGACAUCGACUUUGAUGUCUUGGCUAAAGAUGGAACUACACAAGUGGGAAAGAUCAGUAAGCAAUGGAGUGGAAUGAUGAGGGAGUAUUUCACUGAUGCUGACAACUUUGGAGUUUCUUUUCCCAUGGAUCUAGAUGUUAAGAUCAAGGCGGUUAUGGUUGGUGCAGUGUUCCUCAUUGACUUCAUGUACUUUGAGAACAACCAAAAUAACAAUAAUCACCAUCACUAGUGCUUAGGCAGUUUAAACACUGUAAAAUGGGAAUUAAAUAUCCAGAAAAGAAACAAGAACAUGAAAUCCGAAACCCAGACGUAGCAAAACAGUUAACUUACAUAAAAAGUUGUAUAAUUUGGAGAUAUACAAAACUAGGAGGAAGAUUUUUAGUAGCAUUGUACAGAAAUAAAUGUAGUUUCAAUUUACGUAUAAUUAAAUUUUAGAAAUAGUUAUGAGCUUAAUGUAUUUUAUGUAUUUUAUUAUAAAGAUGUAGAGCACAAUAUAAGCUAAGGAAAGCAUUGUAAAUGUAUUCAUAAAGACUAUCUUUGUUAGAUUAUCUUUGGAGAUUUAUUCAUGACUUACAACAAUAUCAUGAUUGGAGCCCUAUUCUUAAGUUUUCACACUAUGUACCAUUAUUUGACUUUAUUGUAUGACUCCUCAAUUUCUCAACUCUGAUUGGCUGA